AUGUCGCAGUCACAGCCCCCGCCUGUCGUGACUCCCGCCGAGCGCAUUCGCGAACUGCUGGCUAUCAACGCCGACGUGCCCGCCAUGCUGUCUAGCGCCGGAGGAGCAAUCAAUGCCUUGACCAACCGCCCUCCGACUGCUUCUUCGACCGAUGGCCAUGACAUGGAUGAUGUGCAAGGCGACAACUCCCCGGCCGCUCACAAGGAGGCCUUUACCAAGAACACAACAGCCUAUUUCACGUACAUUCAAUCAAUCAUGGCUCGACUGCGGCGUCAGACAUAUGCUUUGGAGGAGGCAGGUAUCAUUGCUGCAGAGACACCGACACUGAGCACCACGGGAGCAGCGCCUGAGGGAGCAGGUCUGGCAAGAAGAGGACCGGCUGGACAAGCACAGAGACAAGCUGGCGAAGACGGUGAUCGCAUCAUCAAUGGCGGUCUCGGAGCCUUGGAUGUUGGCCUGCUGAACUCGAGAGGCAACAGUGUCGGUCUUGACAAGGAAGCCGAGCUCAUUGCAGAAGCCAAGCAGAUGGUUGCUCAAAUGCUGAAGGAGCGCGAGAAGGAUGCUUAA